UUAAGCUCUCAAAGAGAUCAACUGCCUUCCACCUCUCCCUCCUUCCCCAAUCGAUCAUAUCAAUGCCGUUCGAUCGGGAAAAAUUAAGCUUGAGAUCGGACAAGCUAUCGCGGUGGGUCACGUGGGGUGGUGGUGUCUUCGUUUUUGCCUGUUUACUCGUAGUUUCUACGUUCAAGAUGAGCAAGAAGAUCAUAACCUCUCCUAAAACGGGUCGAGACGAUGAUUCAAAUCUCGAUGUUGAUAGUUUUGGAGAAAGUACUCGUUGCGUAGACGAAGAAACUCGACAAGAGGAUGAACGACAAUGGUUUCGUCAGUCUUCAUCAACUGAUCUCAUCAGCCAUUCAUGCUACCCAACGUCGCAAAUGUUGGUAAAAUAUUCUCUGCUAGAAGACUCUGUCAUUGAUGAAACUCAAACCCUAACGACGAAAUCCAUCCCAGAAAAGAAUGACGAAGAAAAUAUUGUGGUUAAUAAUUAUGAAGAAGAAGAGUAUACAGAUUCAGAAAAAUCAGUUGAAAAUGGAGUUGCAGAGAGUUUUUCAUCAGAAGAAUUUGAUGAAGCCACUUGGCUAAUUGGAUGGACAGAUAAAUCAUCAUCGUAUUCAUUAACAUCGUCGUCAUCAUUAGAAGAAGCUUUAUCUCAAAAAGACGAUCGGAAGAGUGGACGAAAACGAUAUAAUUAUAUUUAUUGAUGAUGUAAAUUUUGUUUUGUUUUUAUAUUUGAAUAAAAAAAUUAUUAAUU